AUGUAAGACUUUUAGCCAGGAGAUGUAAUAGCUCAAGAAUAUUUAAUUGUUACUAUGUUAGCAUAAGGAUCAUUUGGUAAAGUAUAUUUGGGAAAAUCUUAAACCAAAAAUAUGAAUGUAGCAAUUAAAGUUGAAAAGUCUGAAGUCUCAUAUUUCAAUAGUUUAAUCAGAGAAGUAUGUUUAAUAAUAAAUGUCAAAUAGAUUGAAAUUUUGAAAAUAUUAGAAGGGGUUCCAAAUAUUCCUAGAGUUAUUUGGUCAGGAUAAGAAAAAGGUAUGAAGAUUAUGAUCCAAAAUCUUUUGGGAAAAGAUCUCAUUCAUUAUUAGAAAAAAAUGAAGAAAUUUUCAUUUGAAUGUGUUUGUAAUAUUGCUUAUUAGAUGAUUGGAAUUCUUGAAUCAAUUCAUAAUAAGUAAUUAAUAUCUGAAAAUAUCAAGAAAUAUUAUACAUAGAGAUCUUAAACCUGAAAAUAUCCUAGGAGCAUCAUAAUCAGAUAAUAUAUGUUUGAUUGAUUUUGGAAUUGCUAAGAAUCUUGAAUCAAAUAAAAAAAACAAAGAGAAAAUUUCAUUUAUUGGAACUACUAGAUAUGCAAGUAUAGCUGCUCAUCUUGGAAAAGAAUAAAAUAAAAAAGAUGAUUUAGAAUCAUUAGGUUAUAUCAUACUUUAUUUUAUAAAUGGAAGUUUACCUUGGAUGAAUAUUGAAAAAGAUGACAAUGAGAGAAUUGAAAAAAUCGGACUUUUGAAAUAAGAUAUGUCUCCUGAAGAAUUAUGUGAAAACUUACCAAAAUCAAUAUUUAAGUAAAAUCCUAUAAUCUUAUUUUUAGUAUAGAUAUAUGAAAUAUGUAAAAGGACUGUCUGCUAAAAUGAAACCUAAUUAUUCACAAUUAAAAGAGUUAUUUAAAAUAGUUAAUAUAUAACCAAAUAUGCCAUUUGAUUGGAAUCAAAGAGCUAAAGCAAAUCGCAAAAUGACUUCUAAUAAAUCCAUUAAAACAUCCAAAUCAGCAAAAGUAUUUAGUAAAUCCAAAUCAUAAUUCAGAAAAACUUAAAAUAAUAAUUCUUAAGAAUCAUCACAAAAUCUCAUUUAAUAACGUUAAACUCCUAUUAAAAAGUAAUAUAAAACAUUUUUUUAACCUGAUUCUCAAGAUAAAAGUAAUUAUCAUUCAAGUGAUGAUUUUCAAUAAGAACAUAGUUUAAGUGAUGAAAAAAAGAGUAAAGUAGGAUAUUCAAUUAGUUAUGAACCUUCUAAAUUUUCUAGAUAUUCUUAACAUAACAAAAGUCCUAUUUAAUAAUAAUAAAAAGAUAAAGCUAGAGUUUCUACUCUUGAUGCUAAUCCUUAAGACCCAUUCAUCAUGCCUCUUAAAUCAGAAUAAUAACUAUAAGAAUCUGAAAACCAAGACUUAGCUAUUAAGUAUAACUUGCUUUUCUAUAAAUCAAUCUUGUACAAUUAUAAAAACCCUAUUCAAGAUUUCAAGUCAAUUCAUUAUAAUUUUCUUGAUUGA